UGACUUAGGUAGCAUCAAGAUGAAGAUUCCUCCAUUUCAAGGCAAAAAUGAUCCAAAUUUGUAUUUGGAGUGGGAAAAGAAGGUGGAAUUGGUGUUUGAUUGCCAUAACUAUUCUGAGGAGAAAAAGGUGAAACUAGCAGCUGUAGAAUUUACUGAUUACACUGUGGUGUGGUGGGAUCAGCUUGUGCUUAGUCGACAUAGAAAUCGAGAGCAUACUGUUGACACUUGGGAAGAGAUGAAAACUGUGAUGAGAAAACGAUUUGUUCCUAGUCACUACUACCAUGAUCUCUAUCAGCAAUUGCAAGGCCUUACUCAAGGGUCCAAAAGCGUUGAGGAUUAUCACAAAGAGAUGGAAAUCGCAAUGGUUAGAGCGAACGUGGAAGAGGACAGAGAAGCAACUAUGGCGUGGUUUCUGCAUGGCUUAAAUCGUGAUAUAGCUAAUGUGGUAGAGCUGCAGCAUUAUGUGGAAUUAGAAGAUAUGGUGCAUAUGGCAAUGAAAGUAGAAUGGCAGCUCAAGCGUAAAGGAGCCACCACCAGAACUGGGCAAAAUUCAGGUUCCUAAUCUUCUUAGAAACUGAAUAAUAGCAAAAAGGAAGAAAAUUCUGUUUUUAAG